AUGAUUGAACAAUCAUCGUUUGUUAUUUUGUCAUAUUUUUUUUUAAUUAUUCAUAUAACAUAUGUUUCAACUACUAUGAAUUCUCCUCAUUUUCAAUCAAUUUGUCAGUCUGGUAUUAGAGAAGAUAAUAGUAAUUAUAUACAUUGUGCAAGAAAACAAUUACAAACAAUACCCGAUUUUUCACGUACAAAUACAUUUUAUGAUGAACUUGUUUUAAAUGAUAAUUUAAUUCAACAUAUCCCUACAAAUGCAUUUUUAGGAUUACGUGUUAAACGUCUUUAUUUACAAGGAAAUAAACUUCGAUCAAUAGCACCACAGGCAUUUAUUGAAUUAGCAAAUUAUCUUGAAGAAUUAGUUAUUGAAUUUGAUCAACAAUAUAUAACUAUGGAUAAAAUACCAGAUGCAAUACUAAAAAAUUUGUAUAAUAUUCGUUCAUUAAAAUUAAGUGAACUUAAUAUUCAUACAUUAUCAAGUGAUACAUUUCUACAUUUUAAAAAAUUAGAAAAAUUUUCAUGUCUAAAAUGUAAUUUAGUCAAAAUUGAUGAUUUAACAUUUGAAUUAAAUAAAUCAAUAUCAACAACAUUAAAAGCACUUCAUUUAGAUAAUAAUCAAUUAACAGAUUCAAAUUGGCCAAAAAUUUGUAAAAAUUUAAAAAAUUUAGAAAUAUUAACAUUAAGUCAAAAUCAUUUUCAAACAUUAACAAAUAAUUUAUUAACAAAUUUAACUCAAUUAAAAUUAUUUGAUUUAUCUUAUAAUGGUUUACAAACAAUAGAUACAAAUAUAUUUAUAAAACAAAAUUUAACAUUAGAAAAAUUAUAUUUACAAAAUAAUGAAUUAAAUUCUUUACAAUUAACAUUUUUAUUUAAUAUAUUUAAAUUAACGGAUAUAAAUCUUGAUUUUAAUCGUAUUACAUUUUUACCUGAAAAAUUAUUUCGAUAUAAUAAACAAUUACUCUAUUUAUCAUUACAAGGAAAUGAUUUAACAAAAUUAUCGAAUCAAUCAUUUUUAGGAUUAUCAAAAUUAAAACAUUUAAAUCUUGCACGAAAUCGUAUUCAAUUAAAUAAUGAUGAUCGUCCAUUUCAACAUUUAGAAAAAUUACAAAUAUUAAAUUUAGAUCGUAAUGUUCAAUUAAAAUUUUUUAAUACAACAUUUUAUGGUCUUGGACAAUCUCUUAUUGAAUUAAGUUUACAAAAUUGUAAUUUAACCGUAUUACCUCAUUAUGCAUUUAAUUCUUUAAAAAAAUUAGAACGUCUUAAAUUAGCAUCAAAUAAUUUAAAACAGAUACCUAUAAAAUUUUUAAAAUUAUCUAAAAAUUUAACAUCACUCGAUUUACAACGUAAUCAAUUUCAAUUAAUACCACGAUUAACACAUUUAACACAAUUACAUGAUUUAGAUUUAAGUACAAAUCGUUUAUGUACAAUAAAUGAACAAGAUAUUAUUAAUAUUUAUCCACAAUUAAAAAUUAUUGGUUUAACAGGAAAUCCAUUACAUUGUGAUUGUAAAUUAAAAUGGUUAAAAAUAUGGUUAGAUAAAAAUUAUGAUCAUGAAUUAAUACGUUUUUUACAAUGGACAUGUUCAACACCAAUAAAAUUUAAUGGUAGACAAUUAACAUCAUUAACAAUGGAUGAUUUAAUUUGUAAUCAUGAUGAACAAAGUAUAUGUGAAAAUAAAGAUGUUCUUAUUUCAACAACAAUAACAUCUUCAUCAACAAUUAUUCCUACAACAGUAGACAUUUUUCCUAUUACUACGACGAUGACAACGACAACGAUGACGACAACACUAUUAAAUAAACAAAAUGUCAGUUUGAUAAAAUCAGAUCAAUUAAUAAUAAAUAUUGAAUAUGAUAAUAGUAACAAUAUAAUUGUCACAUGGGAUUUAAUAACAAUAACAGAUGAAUUAAUAAAAUAUUAUCAUUUACAAAUUUAUGAUGAAAAUGGAAAUUUAAUUAGACAAAAAACAUUGGAUAAUAAUCAAUAUAAAUUUGAUAUUACAUCUUUAUUAACAUCACAUUAUACAAUUUGUAUUAAUAUUAUUUAUAGACAUAGACAAGAUAAACAUUGUCGUAAUUUUGUUUUAAAUAAUUUUACAACAAAAAUAUCUCAUGAAGAAAAUUUAUAUUUAAUUAAAUCUUCUCAACAACCACAAUCAAAUUCUAUUCAAAUUAUAUUUUUAUUUUCUGGUGGUAUAUUAGGAGCCAUUUUAGUUUGUUUAUUUGUAUUUAUUAUUUGUUUUAUACGUAUUCGUCGUAAACAAUCAAAAACAAUUAAACAAACAUGUUUCUAUCAUGAUACAUCAACUGGUAGUUGUAGUAGUACAAGUAAUGGUGUUGAACAGCAAAAUUCUUUACCUGAAAAAAGUUUAAUUACUAUGUAUGAUGAAUAUCGUCCACCCAUAUUUUACCGUCCAUUACAUCCACAACAACAAAAACUUCAUCAUCAUUGUGCAAUACAUUGUGGCUGUGUUCAUCAUCAAAAUACAAAUAAUAGUUCAGAUACAAGUGAAUGUUCAUUACAUUUAACCGAUACAAGUCAUUUAAAUAGUGCCGGUGCUUCUACACUAUCUUCAUCAUCAACUUAUCAUGUUUAUCAACAAAUUCCUUCUGUACAUAAUUUAAAUGGAUUUAUUAAUUCAUCAUCAUGUCAUUUACAUAGAACUUUAACACCGACACCCACAUUUUAUCCUCAUCCUUCAAAUGUUCUUAUUUAA